GCACACACACACACACACACUGGAAAUGUCAGAGGAAGACUUCACCAGCGCUUCCGCUCUCUUCUCCUCCAGGAAGUACCAUGAGGCGAUCAGCGCCUACGCGGCGAUAGAGGCAGCGCCCAGCACCUCUCUCAACGACAAGGCCCGUGCGCUGAGCAACAUCAGUGCGUGCUACGCCGCCUUGGAGGACUACGCCAACUCGCUUGCCAUGGCCCGUGAAGUCAUCGCGUUGCAGCCGGACAACGCAAAGGCACUCGGACGUGCCGGGACUGCACAGGAAGGGCUAAAGCACUACGAUGAGGCGGCGCAGUUCUUCAGACGAGCCGCAGCACUAGACUCGACGAACCGCAACUACGCCGCUGGGGUCCAGCGAUGCGAGGCGCUCGUGCAGGCACGUCGUGGCGUGGCCACCGCCGAGUCGAAGGACGCCUAUUACUACAAGAAGAGCUUAGAAAAGGGUGCCGAGGCGAUGAAGGCGUCCAACUUUACGGAGGCCAUUCGCCACUUCGGCAAGGCGCUGGAUUUGCUUCCAGCCACGGCGACCGCACGCGAGAAGGCGGCACUGCUCAGCAACCGCAGCGCUGCAUACUACCGCGCCGUGCGGAUGGAGGAGAGCGCUGACGACGCGCUGGCGGCCACACAGGCGGACGACACCUACGCCCGCGCCUUCUUCCGACUCGCGGCAGCCAAGGCGAAGUUGAAGAAGAUCGUCGAGGCUUACGAUGCCCUCACCACGUGUGUGCACCUGGACCCUGGCCACAGCGAGGCACAGCAGCUGCUGGCCGAGGUGACGCCCGCCGCUCUGGAGGCUCGCAAGACGGCGGAGGAGCUGGCGCGUGACCACGCCCACCGCGUGGCGGAUAUUGCGGAGAAGAUGUGCGAGGAGCAGGCGGUGAAGGCGGCGGCCACGGUGCCCCGAGCGGCGGUGGCGCGAGGCUCGAGUUACGCCUACUGCAACUUCUGCAACGAGACGGGACACACGCGGGCGGAGUGCCCGCUGCGGCGCCGAAAAAGAUCGCGGCCGAUAUGA